AUGUGGGGCCUUGAUACCGGACAUACCAACGGAUCUGACUUGGACCAGUUAAGACUGAGACCUGAGAUCUUCACCUCAAAGGAAAGAGGCACUAUGAACUUUCCAACAAAGUUCACUCUCAGUCCGAACACGGCUCGAACACAGGUUGGGACCAAAUUCUAUUUUUUUGCUGCAUCGUAUUUCUUUGGAGACAAUGCCUUCUGCUCCCUUGGUUCGUGCCCCAAAUUGUCGAGCUCAACUCCCGUUUGUAUUGGCAAUUCAGCUGCCGACCUGUCCCACCAUUUACCGUCGGCCGAUGGACAUCUGACAGCCGGAGCGACCUUUCCUCCUUCUCUGCGUCGGUCCGGUCUCGCAGCCUCC